UUUUGGAUAGAUAGCAACAAUGGCUUUCGCUCUUCAUCAUUUUCUCUUAUCUAUCAUAUUGUUUGCAUUUGUCUCAGUGUCUUUAUCCGAGGGUCCAUUCCCUCCUUCCCACCACAAUGAAAAGCCUCCACCAGAAUUUCGCCCUCCUACGCUUCCAUCGCCACUUCACAAGCCAGAACCACGUUAUCCUUCUCCAUUUGUUCCGAAGCCUCCACCACUCCAUACACCCCCAUUUGAAGGGAAACCUCCCAUGAAAGAUGCUCGCCCUCCUACACUUCCAAAGCCAAAGCCACAACCACAACCACACCACCCUGCUCCUUUUAUUCCAAAGCCACCUCCCCUUCACAAGCUCCCAUUUGAAGGAAAACCUCCCAUGAAAGAUGUUCACCCUCCUACACUCCCAAAGCCACAGCCACACCACCCUUCUCCCAUUGUUCCAAAGCCACCACCCCUUCACAAGCCUCCUUUUGAGAAAAAACCUCCCAUGAAGGAUGGUCACUACUCUUCUCCUGCUGGUGCUCAUCAAUCUCCUCCCCUUCCCAAAGUCAAACCACCUGUCAUUCCAAAGCCUCCACCAGUGCAUGGAAAGGUUGCUCCUCAUAACAUCAAUGAACACUCCACUUCUUCCUCCCAUGAAAAGCCUCAUCUUCCUCUUACUAGUCCAUUUCACAAGCCAGGCUCCCCCAUCUUCAAUACCCAUGGGCAAUCGCACCCUCCUUUGAAGAAAUCUCCUCCCAAGCCAGUAAUCAAUCCCCCACCAAAGCAUGGACACCACAAUCCUCCUCUCAUGCAUUAGUCUCCUUCACCUCAUCCUACUCAUUAGAUAUUUUACAGGCAAUCCGUGGAAGAUAUAAUUAAAGGAUGGGCGGUUUAGAUUCUACUCAUCCGUAGUAGUAGUAUUAUAUGCUGGUUACACCAAUGAGAAAAAUGAUAGAAGACAUUAUUUCUUUACUCAGAAAUGUUGGCAUCGGUGAACUACAGAAGCAACGCGGGCUUCUCUAAAUAUUAUCGUAUUGUAAUGUUAUGUAUAGUUUUUAAUUAUAGUAAAUCGUUUUCGAUUCAUGUUAGCUAUA